AUGGCAUUCGGGCAGGAAAUGGCAGACUCGCAGGACGCCGCCGCUCUUCGCGAAGAGGUAGCCGCCCUCGAGAGACGGCUCGCCGAAGCCAAGGCGCGGCUGCAUGGCGGUGGUGGCUCCGCUGGUGCGGUGUCGGCGGCCGACGCCGUCGUCGCUCAUCGGCCCGCGUUGACCGAUGAGCGCAUGCCACUGACACUUGCUCCACCUCCAGGUUCGACUUCGUCACCCGCAACACCAGCAACGCCCGUUGCGCCCUUCAGCAGCGCCACCUCCACGGCCACGCACUUCCUCCUCCUGCUCGCCGACUCGGCCCUGCCCGUCGGCGCCUUCGCCUUCAGCAGCGGCCUGGAGUCGUACCUCGCGCACGCCUCGUCCCAGCGCAGCGCCACGCUAUCCUCCUUCCUGCCCCUGUCGCUGUCCUCCUUCGCCGCCACGACGCUGCCCUUUGUGCUUGCCGCGCACCGCCACCCCGACGCCCUCGCCUCGCUCGACGACCAGCUCGACGCGGCCGUCGUCUGCACCGUGGGCCGCCGGGCGAGCGUCGCCCAGGGCCGCGCCCUGCUGGGCAUCUGGGAGCGCUCGUUCCGCCCCGUGCUCGCGCCCGAGGUGGCCUCGACGGGAGGCGUCGCCGUGCUGAGGGGCUUUGCCGCGCAGCUGCGUGAGAGCGGGACCAGCAGCGCCGGCGGGGACGGCGACGUGCCGCCGCUUGUGGCCGCGCACCUGGCGCCGCUGUUUGGCGCCGUGUGUGCCGUCGUGGGCAUGACGCUGCGGCAGACGGCCUACGUCUUCAUGCUGAGCCACGUCAAGGCGCUCAUCUCGGCGGCCGUGCGGGCGAGCAUGUUUGGGCCGUACCAGGCGCAAAAGGUGCUUGCCGGGGAGCAGGUGCAGCGCAUGAUUGACGCAGUCAUCGAGAGGGAGUGGGACACGCCCGUCGAGGAGGCAGGCCAGAGCGUGCCCGUCAUGGACUUGUGGAUUGGACGGCACGAGCUCUUGUAUUCGAGGAUAUUCAACAGCUGA